UGUCAGUGGAAGGGUUUGUGGUGGAAGGUGUUAAAAUUUUGCCCCCCAAUAGUGGUGCCAUCAUGAGCACGGGUAAUGUAUUUUUUCCAUCCUUGAAGUGCUUUUAUAUCGGAGCGAAAAUCGAAUAUUCGCUGAGUCGGGGGUUUCCUCCGCAGUGUAAGUCAAAGGUAUUCAAUUCGCGAUUUUCAGCUUGAUGGUGCCGAGACAAGAACCGGGUUUAUCCUGUAUUCAGAACUGCAGAAAUGUUGGGGGGAAUGCAAAAAGGCAUGUCCGGUCAUUAGGACAGGAAGACUGUGCAUUGAGGCUGCGCCAGAGCUUAGGGUUGCUUUCACCUCCAAGCAGAUAUGCAUUGGUCACUGCAUCUGCCUGAAGAAAUGCGCUCUCGGAGGUACGUCGAAUUGUCCACGAGGGAAGUAUUACUGAGAGAAAUAUUAAUUGUACCUGUCUUUUUUAACAGCGAUUCACCUUAUCAACCUUCUAACUAGCCUUGAAAUGCGGGCCACCCAUAGUUGCCCCACAAAUUUGUUCUAGCUUCACAUGUUACCCACUCCUCGCCCUCGCUAGGUUCUUAGUCUUGCCGGAAUGACCGCCGCUUUGAAUAUUCUUUCCGGAAAGCAAAAGCCAAAUUCAAGCCCUUAUGGUAACCCGGAUUGAAACUAAACAUUGUCCUGCUUCCUCCGCUCGGAUUUUCAGGACUGCUCGACAAAGGUCGUAGAGGAUAAUAUUAAAGCGGCUUUCAAACCUCAGUAUGUCUCAGUAUGUUGAAAAGUUGCCACUAGCAAUUCGAGGAACUGUGAGGUCUUCUGAGUGAGCUUCUUAACGGUCCGUGUCCAGGGGAGAUGAAGUUAUAGAGGCUGUGAUUGAGAUCCCCUGCUUGUUUAAAUGUGGACUUGGACUGGGGAGACUCGACUGAUGGUUGCAGAGCUGGGUCUACUGUUGGGGGGUGGUGUUGAGCAACUUUCCGGUGAAAAGCCGCAAAGAUUUGCUAUUCCAGUCUUUUACUUACAGUACAGAAGGGGUAUGGGUAGUAUUAUUGAGCGUAUAGAUUACUGCACUUGUGCCGAUAGUUACAUGUUUCACGAACCCCAUCUUAUAUUGAUGUCAAGUAACCCUUGAUACUCGGAAGAUUUCACCCACACGCCGACAAAAGUGAAUUUACCUAUUCGGGGAUCGUCGCUAUGAUGGGACAGAACAGGACUAGAAAUAAAUCAUUCCGUCGCAUGCUUGUUGGUAUGGAGGCUCCGGACGAUGACAAGAAGCUUCCGAAGAUGAGAAUCCCCACGAGCCGGAGACAAUUACACUCAAGUUCUCUGGAACUGUACGAGAACUGGUCUUGAAGCUAAUUGGAUCCUCGCUCAUCAAUCCUCAGUUCAAAACCAAUGUCUACAGACCAUUACACAUCGAGAACUUUAUCAACCAGGAGGUAAAUCCUUUGCUUGGAGGAGAAUUUCAAUGAACUACUAUUUCUCUUGCCACUAGCACAUCCGCCGACAUCAGCCUCAUUGACGUGCCAUCCGCCUAUCCCGAUUCCGAACAAGGUUUCAUUGCAACCCCCUGCCAUUGUAAGAUUUGCCAUCCAUUCUAUGGACACUGAGUUCUCUGUUGAGUUCGAUACUAUGACGACACACCUGGCGGAUUUGGAUAUCAUUUUUGAGGGCUCGCAUUCAUUAGCGUCGCAGCCGCUGCACCACAGAGGUUGUUGACUGCAUGUGACGCUUUCCUGGAAUUUCUUAAUGCCACAUUCCGUAGAGAUCUGAGAACUUUCAGGCAUAGAAUUAACAAGUUGGAUUCGUGACUUCACCGGGAGCAGAAGUUGGCCGAAAAUUAUUUCUUCCAGGGGUGUGUUGCGUCCCCUUAUAUUCCUCCGGAUAUAUACUA